AUGGUCCAAAAGGGUUGCAGCAACAACCCCUUUACAGCCGCUAUCAUGACCUGUCGGCGGAGAAAAAGGAGGGAAAACUGCAGAAUCUUUACCUGUUUUUCCCCUUGGUCAAUUAUUUCAUCCUGGUUCAAUUCGGAAAAAUCUAGAAAUGGAAAGGAUGUUGAUGGGGUGGAGUUUCGUGACGAAGAUUCAGACGAUGAAGUUGCACUUGAGUACUUGCACGAGAAAUCAUCAUCUAAUUCUGCCCAGGAAGUUUCAGGGGAACACAGAAAAGAGGCCUCUUUCAGCUUGGGAGUUGGAUUUGCUCUAAUUUAUCUCAUGGCUAUGAGUAAAAUGGAACUUAACAAGAUGGUAGAGUUAUCCAAACAAAUUGAAACACUGCUCCGAAAUGUCAAAUGGCAACAUCAAAAUGCAGUGGCAGGUACAAAUAUUGAAACUUCUCAAACCUCAUCCAAAGCCCAAGAAGUUUCUGAGUAUGCUAUUACAGACCAUGGUUCUCUCCAAGUAGAUUCUAGUCAUGCCAUUAUAGAGCAUUUUUCUCUCCAAGAUGGUCCAUCUUCUUCCUGGGAACACGAAUAUUCAGGAUCAGAUAUCACUUCAAGCAGUUGUAACGGGAAAAUGAAUAGAGAAGGGAAAAUUGUGGAGAUGGACCAGCUUGAGGCAGAACUUGAAGCUGAAUUACAAAAUCUCCAAUUGCAGUUGGAUACUGAAGUUAUGCUGAUUUACCCCGACAAGAAUCAUGGAAAGAUAGUUGUUGAAGACUCUGCACCCGAAGAAAGCCAGAUUACAAAUUUUGGGGAAGUAUUUUUACAGCCUGAGAUAGGUAGCCUCGAAUAUUACCACGGAGUUUCUCCAAGAGAGCUCGAAAGAAGAUUGCAUGAACUUCAAGAAGUGAGGCAGGAAGAGAGAAUUAGAGAGCUUGAAUCAGCUCUAGAAUUUGCAAUUCACAAGCUUAAUGAGAACCAAAGAGAGCUUUCUUGGUGGAAAGACACUGGCAGGGUUGGUUUUCAUCGGAUUCCCCUUCGCUGUCGGUCCAUGAGGGGUGCACUAAAAUGGCAUGUUCUGUUCCUCUGCAUCCCAAGGAAAAGUAGUGAAGAGCUUAUAGCAUAAACAAAAUUUUCAUGAUUUGGUUCCAUCUGCCCUGCGCCCCAUUGCUACAGCCAGUGACGCACAAAGGGGGCCGGCAGGAAAAAACUUUUGCCUUGCACAAGCCUGAAUUUUCUAGCGUGCAACUUCAGUCGGGCAAUGCGUCACUACUGCGUUUGAUUGCGAACAAUCAAUACUUUGUCGGCUCUGCUAGUUUUCCGC